UGAUAAAAACCAUUAUUUCAAGAACCUUUCUUUCACCGUCAAUCACUUACAAUGGCAUCCCAAGAAUCUCCAAACUCAUGUCACCAAUUUGGAAACCAAUCUUUCUCAGUUUAUCCAUCUGACAGAUAUCACAAUCAUCAUCAUCCCUGUCAAAGCCAAUUCCCCAGUUUUGAGUUUCUGGGUGGUGACAGAAUUGGAAGCUCAAGCCCCCCUCUGCUUGACCAAAAUACCACACAUCAUUUCAUGGAUCUUCUUGGGCAGCCCUCAAAUGAAGCCACCCACCAUUCCCAUAAACUGUCACUCUCUUUGGGAACUGUCCAAUUCAACCAUGAAACAUCCUUAAACCAGAUGAAUCCCAUGUUUAUGAAUCCUGGGAUUGAGCGUUUCCCCUCGGAUUACUCUCUUUCUGACUCAAAAUACUUGAGACCGGCCCUGUCUCUCCUUGAGGAAGUGGCCAGUGUUGGUGUGCUGUCAAAUCAUUUCAUGGCGAAUGAGAAGAGUAUGUGGCGGGCUGGGAAGAAUAACGGCGCGUUUGGGAUCCGCUCAAAUCAAGGGAUUGAUCAGGUUCCCACCAAUGAUGUUGAAGCAAAGAUUAUGAGGCUGGUUGCCAUGUUGGAAGAGGUAGAAAGAAGGUACAAGAGAUACUAUCAUCAGAUGGAGGAAUUAGUGUCAUCAUAUGAGGUGAUAUCAGGGAAAUCUUACACAGCUUUAGCUCUGGAAGCCAUGUCCAAACAUUUCUUCAACUUAAGAGAUGCAAUCAUAUCUCAGAUAAACGCCAUUACACGAAAAACUUCAGAAUCCAAAGGGAUGAGUCUUUUUCACGAUAGAGAGACUAACUUUGGGAUUCAGAAGUUGUCCCUUCAACAUCUUGGAAUGAUCCAAAGCUCCGGACAACCCUGGAGGCCAAUCCGAGGCCUGCCCGAGACGUCGGUGGCUACUCUUCGGGCGUGGCUGUUUCAACACUUUCUCCACCCAUACCCGAAUGAUUCAGAGAAACUGAUGUUGGCAUCUCAGACAGGCCUGUCUAAGAACCAAAUUUCGAAUUGGUUCAUCAAUGCGCGGGUGCGGCUGUGGAAGCCUAUGAUUGAGGAAAUGUACAGAGUGGAGUUUGCAGAAGCAUCUUCAGCAGAUGAUGAACCUGGUGACCCUUCUCUGUUUCUUGGUGGAGGUGUCACACCUGCAGAGAAAUGAAGAGAUCCAAGAAUCAUUCAAAAUGUCAUUACAUUCAAUCAAACUUACAUUUCCUUUUUUUUUGAAGGAGCAUUUCUAUCUUAGCUUCUUGAGGUAGUUUAUUUGGCAGCAGUUCUAUAAAUUUGUAAUGUUAUAUGGCAUCCCAACAUCGGUUGCACCUUUUUAGUUCAAUAUGAAUAUAUGAUAGUGAUAUUUAAACCUGGUAAGAGUGGUAAGUGGUAUCUCA